GAGACUGAACUCUCUCUGCAGCGUUUGGACUCUGGACUGAAGGACCUGAUGAGCAUGAAGACGGACCUGUCCCAGUACGUGGGCUCCGGUGACUCGGCCCUGCUGGAGCAGCAGCUGGAGCAGCUCCACUGCCAGUGGGAGGAGCUGUGUGAGAAGGUGUCGUUGCGCAGGCAGGAGAUAGCGGACCGCCUCAACGCGUGGACCAUCUUCAAUGAAAAGAACACAGAGUUCUGUGAUUGGCUGACUCAGAUGGAGCAGAAGGUGUGUCAGAGCAGAGACCUGAGCAUCGAGGAAAUGGUGGAGAAGCUGAAGAAGGACUGCAUGGAGGACAUCAACCUGUUCAGUGAAAACAAGAGUCACCUGAAGCAGCUGGGCGAGCAGCUGCUGUCAGCCAGCGACCAGGCCAAGCAGAGCCAGGUCCACGGCUCACUGCAGGAGGUCAAUGAGCGAUGGCACAACCUCUUCCACCACAUCGAAGCCCGGAGCUGCAGCGGGACAUGGAGCAGCGAGCAGAAGACGUGUCCUCGGUGCUCAGGUUGUGUGACGUGUUGCUGAGUGAUGAAGAUGCUGCAGGUGCAGCAGAGGAGGACAGGCGGUCCCUGCAGGAGACCAGCUGCAGUCUGGACCGGAGGUGGAGGACCAUCUGUGCCCUGGCUCUGGACAGAAGACUCAGGAUCGAGGAGACGUGGACUCUCUGGUCCAGGUUCCUCCAGGACUACUCCYGCUUUGAGGACUGGCUGCAGACGGCUGAGAGAAGAGCUGCCAACCCCGACUCAGCAGACGUGCUGUUCUCUGUGGCCAAGGAGGAGCUCAAGAAGUUUGAGAGCUUCCAGCGGCAGGUCCACGAGCGUCUGACUCACUUAGAGCUCCUCAACAACCAGUACCGCCGCCUGGCCCGGGAGAACCGCACCGACCGGGCCGGGCAGCUCAAAGCCCGCAUCAGAGGGGGCAACGAGCGCUGGAACGCCCUGCAGCGCCGAGGGGCCGCCAUCCUGCGCCGCCUCAAGUACUUCACGGGUCAGAGGGAGGACUUUGAAGGGACCAGAGGGAGCAUGCUGGUGUGGCUGACAGAACUGGACCUGCAGCUYACAGACGUGGAGCACUUCUCAGAGAGCGACGUCCAUCAGAAGAUCCAGCAGCUGAACAGCUUCCACAAGGAGAUCUCUCUGAACUCGGAGCGCAUCGACGACCUCAUCGUGUUCGGAGAGGUUCUGAUCCAGAAGAGUUCACCUGAGGACGCAGCGCUGAUCGAGGACCAGCUGGAAGAGCUGCAUCUGUACUGUCAGGAGGUUUUCAGCAGGCUGGUCCGCUUCCACCAGCGCCUCAGCCAGCCCCGG